AUGAAGGUCAUCAUCAUCGGAGGCGGGCUAGGAGGGCCGGCCCUGGCCCUCGCGCUCCAGCGCCACGGCAUCUCGUCCAAAGUAUUCGACCUGCGCGACGCAGCGGCCUUCGAUGGCGGCUUCGUGGCGCUGGCACCCAACGCGCUACGGGCCCUGGACCGGAUCGGCGUGUAUGAGCGCAUCCGCACGCAGGGGUGGAACUACGAGGAGUUCCGGUUCCUGUCGUCGCGCAACCUGAGCCGCGUCGCCACGGUGCUGAACGGCAGCGAGGCCCGCUACGGAUACAAGGCGUUGCGCGUGUCGCGGGGCAUCGUGCGCCAGACGCUCAUCAAUGUGCUCCGGGAGCGCGACAUUGAGCUGCAUUGCAAUGCCAAGUGCGAGCAGAUCCGCGAGACGGAGAGGGGCACGGUCGUCGCCACCUUCGCCGACGGCCGCACCGAAGAGGCCGAUUUCCUGGUGGGCGCCGACGGCAUCCACUCGCGUGUGCGCCGUCACCUUGAUCCCAGCGCUGUGCCCACCUUCAGCGGCCAGCUGGGCGUUGGUGGGUCGCUUGCCCGAUCGAAGCUGUUCAAGCCCGGCCAGGAGGACAUGUACAUGCCGUGCCUGAUCCUGGGGAAGCUGAACUCGUUCAUGUUCAUGCCCUGCACGUACACGGGCGACCGGGUGGGCUGCUUUGCGACCGUCGAGGGCGCGGACCGCAGCCGCGAGGAGUGGGCGCAGCUCCAGAGCGACGAGGCCGCGCUGUACAAGACGCUGCAGUCGCACCACGAGAACGAGACGUGGCCGGACAUUGUGCACGUCGCGUCGCAGAACGUCGACAAGUCGUCGCUGACCCUGUGGCCGUACUACAAAGUCCCCGAGCUGAGCUCCUGGUCGAGCAGCUCCGGGAGGGUUCUCGUGAUCGGCGACGCGGCGCACGCCAUGCCCCCGACCGGCGGGCAGGGGGCGGCGAUGGCGUUCGAGGACGCCUUGACCUUAGCCGACACGCUGGCCCUGGUCGACAACAAGAAAGAGCAAGAACCCGCCGUCAACGACCAACCUCGAGAAGGACCGCGGCUGCUGGUUCAACAGUGGCAGACAUCCCGGAAAGACCGGGUCAAGAAGAUCCUCGCCUUCACCUCCAAGGGCGGCGACAUGCGCAAAUCCUCACCGAGCACGUUCCGCCAGAUCAUCAAGGAGUGGCUCAUGUGGGCGUACUUUCUGGUCACCGGCGAGGAUGGCGGGCUGUCCUGGAUCUACGAGUAUGACACGGCGAAAGGGUUGGCUGCCUAG